GCUACCUGUCGAGUAAUUAGAGAAUGUUUUUGUGGACAAGGGCGAAUAACUGUCUCCUUUCUCCUCCCCUUCAUCUGUAGCACCGUGGAGUUGAAACAUGGCUGUGUUCUGAUGCUAAUGAUAGGACUUUCUAUAGCAUCCACCAAGAAAAUAUGGGUGCCAAUGCCUCACAGCUGGAAAAAGAGAUAGGGUCAGAUCAAUUCCCGGUGAAUGAACAUUAUUUUGGAUUAGUAAAUUUUGGAAAUACGUGUUACUGCAAUUCUGUGUUGCAAGCGCUAUACUUCUGCCGUCCGUUCCGUGAAAAAGUUCUGCAAUACAAAUUACAACAGAAGAACCAGAAAAAAGAAACACUGCUAACAUGUCUUGCCGAUCUCUUUUACAAUAUAGCCACGCAGAAGAAAAAGGUUGGCACUAUAGCACCAAAGAAAUUUAUUACCAGGUUACGUAAAGAAAACGAGUUGUUUGAUAACUAUAUGCAGCAAGAUGCACACGAAUUUCUGAACUAUCUCCUAAACACUGUGGCUGAUUUGUUGCAAGCAGAGAAACAGGGUAACCGAAGUAAAUCAACAGUUGGAGGUGUUGAUAUCCAUCCGAAGGUUGCAUCAACAUGGGUUCAUGAUAUUUUCCAAGGAACGCUAACCAAUGAAACUAGAUGUUUAAAUUGUGAAACAGUCAGUAGUAAAGAUGAAGAUUUUCUAGAUUUAUCUGUUGAUGUUGAGCAGAACACAUCGAUAACCCAUUGUUUACGAGGUUUUAGUAACACAGAGACGUUAUGUGCUGAACACAAAUAUUACUGUGAGGUGUGCUGUAGUAAACAGGAGGCUCAGAAAAGAAUGCGAGUCAAAAAAUUACCUCAGAUUCUUGCCUUGCACUUAAAGCGUUUCAAAUAUAUGGAGCAGUUGAACCGCUACACAAAACUUUCCUACCGAGUUGUAUUUCCUUUAGAACUACGUUUAUUUAAUACCUCUGAUGAUGCAUAUAAUCCGUACCGACUGUAUGACUUGGUAGCAGUGGUGAUUCAUUGUGGAAGUGGACCUAACAGAGGCCACUACAUCAGCAUUGUUAAAAGCCAUGGCUUCUGGUUACUUUUUGAUGAUGAUAUUGUUGAUAAAAUCGAUGCAAGUGCAAUAGAAGAUUUUUAUGGUCUUCCCUCAGAUCUCCAAAAGAAUUCCGAAUCUGGUUACAUUUUGUUUUACCAAUCAUGGGAAUGAGAACAGUGCAGCAGCUGCAGUUGUUAAUUGACUUUAAAUCUUUCUAGAAGACAUGUUCUACGACCAGUUCCAUUAUCGGACUAACCAGUGUUUGGGUGAAUGCAAGAUCACUCCGAAGCAAUACAGAUUUUGCAUCAACCGGGCUUUCAGUUUUUUCCCCCCUGAAACCUCUUGUUAGCAAUGAAGCUGGUUUGGUUGGUUUGUUUCUUUCUUCAGCACAUCUUCUACUAGCUACUGCUGCUGCUGCCCCCCCCCCAGCUCUUUUUACAUCUAGAUGUUGUUGUUGUUAUUGUACAGAACAACAACAUUACCAAAGACCACAGUCACAACAACAACAACAGCAACAACAAUACUAGUUAUAUAACAGAAACAAACAAAGCAUCUGAAAGAGGUAAACGAUGUUAUGAAGUGUUCUUUUCCUCUUCCUUUGCUCCCUGUGAAAAGCUGAAAACUACUUCUGAGCUUAUUGCUGAGAAGACGACGACGACCUCAGACUCAGCCCAUUGUGACUACUUACAAACUGGGUAAAGGUGGAAAAUAACAAAGCACCUACUAGUCUAACCUGCCAAACUGUUGGUCUUACAAGGAGGAUUAUGCUAAAGUCUAUGCUCAGCUAACAGUCUUAUAUGGAGGUCUAUCUAGAAUUGUCAGUCUUAUAUGGAAAUCCAUCUAGAACUGUCAGUGUUAUGUGGAAGUCUAUUACUGAAUGGUCAGCCUGUCUUGGAAACCCAUCCAAAACUGGCAGUCUAGCAUGGAAGUCUAUUCACAAUUGUCAGUUUAACAUGGUAGUCCAAUUAGAACUGUCAGUCUUGUAUGGAAGCCUGUCCAGAACUGUCAGUCUAAUAUGGAAUACUAUGCAAAACUGUCAGUCUUGUAUAGAAGUCUAUUUACAGAAGAAUCAGUCUAACUGGAUGUGUCUAGUCUAAUAUGAAAGUCUAUCCAGACCUGUCAGUCUUAAUAUAGAAGUUAUUCUUGAGCUAACAGUGUUAUAAGAGUAUGUCGAUGUCUCUGUUGAACUGUUAGUCUCACAAAAUGACUUCAGUUUAUUCUCAGUUUUUGCUGAGCUGAGAGUUUUAUAUAAAAGUUUUCAAUAAUCAGCUGUAAUCUGUGUUAAGUCUUCUAUCAGACCCCCCACCCCUCGCCACCAGAUUUUUAUAUGAAUAUUUAUUUACUCUAUUUAUGAAUUAGCUCUCAAAGUUUUCUUUUAAUAAUAACUAUAAUAAUUUUUCGUAUGUAAAAUAUUCAGCACGUUUAUUUAAAAAAACGUCAUUUUUAACUAUUAAUGGUUGAAAACAUUUCAAGUAACUCCCCUCUUUUUUUUUAAUCCUUUUUUUUUUUUUUUUUUUUCUAAUUAUUUCCUCAACUUCUAUUUGCCUUUUGUGGGCUGUUCUUUGUAAUAUUUGCGAGAAAAACCAUUGGCAGCAGUAAUACCCAGUAUGUAGAAUAAUUUUAUCAUCGUCUUGUGAAAAAAAAACCCCCAAAAAAACAAAAAAACUAAAAAAGAAACUUUACCAAAAUUUUUUAAUAAUCUGUUUAAGAUUCCACAAUAAAAAUAUGUGUGACCUUGGUUGAUAUAUGCACGAUAGUAGCUACCACAGUGAUCAACUAUUAUCAUAUAGCAGGACAUGUGAUAUUCUUUAUUUGAAGUUGAUGUAAUUCUCAUCUAUUUGUUGGUUCUUCCCCUGCUACAGUAACAGUUUUGUGAAAUUAUGAGUUUUUUUUUUUUAUCCCCCCCCCCCUCCAACCCAUUGUUAAAUAAUGUGUUGACAUCAAGAUGUAUCGAGUUUUGUUUCUUUGUUGAAGUGUUCCCUUUGUUUGCCGUCAUUAUUCUUCAAUAUAAGCCCCCCCCCUACCACCACCACCACUACCAUCAUGGCUACAUCUUCAGGGUCUGCCCUUUAUUUUAAAUUAUAUUGCUAAAAAGGGGCCACUAUGUUAAAGUUUGUUGCUAAUUGAAAUCACCUCGAUCUAGGGGAGAUAACUUCGCUAAUGUUUCUUGGCAAGUUUUUGGGUGUUUCGUGGCGGUGUCAAAAUUUGUAGAUUUGGUUUGCAUCUGGUACGAGAUUCCAUUUAUUGUUUAAUUUAUCUUUCUGUGCCUUUCUCUCCUCCUCGAUCUAUCGAUAUGUCUUUCCUUUCAAAACUAGAACUAUGUUACAAGUGAUAUUUUAAACGAAAUGUGUUUUUUACACAUAAAAAAAAAAAAAACAUUGAUAUUCUUCAAAUUUAAGUUUUUUUUUUUUAAUACUUAAUAUAAUAAUUUAUUCGCUGUAGAUUCUACAGAAAAAGGAGAAACUAUUGACUGACAUCUAUUACAUCCUCACUAGAGCUAAUAAUAUAAAUGUGUUCAUAUUGUAAAUCAUUAGCAGAUCUGUUUUGAUUAAUUUACACCAAUUAUUCUAAUAUGAAAGAAACUGCCCCUUCCAGGAGUCCUCCUUUCUCACUGUCAAUAGAUUCAACUCCCUCUUUCUGGUCCCGGUCAAUUGGAGCUAUUUACUUCAGUAAUCCCUCUUAUAUCAGAGUUCAAAAUACAACCAGGAUCCACUUUGCUUUUCAUUCCUUCCAGAGCUGACAGAAUAAGUACCAGUCAUAGACUGUUGCUUAUUCAAUCGUUUGCCUGCCCCGUGUGAUUCACAGGACAUACUUUCCUCACGUCCAUGCAUUCAUAGUAUGAUACACAUUCCUAAUUUCUGUCAACCACCAGAGUCAAUCGAGACUUAGGAAAGAGAAGCUUUACAUUACUCGGAACAUAUGAAACCUGGUCAAACUAAAAGUCUGAAAACAAGCAUGGACAAAGAUUUGGACAGGCAAAAAGUUAAUUAAUCCAAAAAAUGACCAUAUAUAUAUCUAAACUAUGUAUCUCAGAUUGAAGCCUACGGCUCAUUCAGUUAUAUACCAAAAUUAAGUGUUUCUCAUUUGUUUAAUUUAUAUGAACAAUAAUUAAUUGACAAUUUAUUUUCUAUAUAUCAUUAUAUAAAACUCUGUACUUUUAAUUAGUAUUGGUUGUGAUGAGAAUGAAUCAACACUAGGCUAGCUUCUAUAGUUACCAUCACCCCGUCUUUAUAAGAGCCCUAAUAAAACGGACAUUUCUUAUUUCAGAAUUCUGCUAAAUAGUACUUCUUUAAAUGGUGUGUGUGUGUGUAUAUGUAUGUAUGCAUGUGUGUAUAUAUAUAUAUAUAUAUAUAUAUAUAUAAAGUGAUUGAUAGACAAUAUUCUAAUCAAUGAAAUCUAAUUUUAGUUUCUACUCUAACCACCAUUUCCUUUGUUGUAAUUGUUGACCAAUGACAGAUUUGUUUCAUUUGUUGCCUCACUUCAAACAUUUCCACCACCCCUCAUCAAAUCCUUAUUCAGUUAUGGUCCCUUAACCCGUUAAACUGUUUCAUAGCAAAUUCCUGUUGCCCUUUGUGUGUGUGUGUAAUACAUAUAUAAAAUUACAUUUUAUAGAAGUCAUUUUAGCCAGAGAUAUUCUCUUCCCAUUUAUUUCUUAAUAGUGCUGUUCACUAUGCUUUGUAAAAAGGUUUCAUCAGGCUUUUGCAACUUAAUCAUUGACACAAUUAUGCUGCAUAUACAAUGUGUAUGUGUGUGUAUUAUUAGUGUGAGGCCCUACAGAGUGCUUAUCCGUUUCACAGGUCCAUAUGUUGAUAGAGCGACCCAUGGGAUUUCUGAAACAGAUGAGCCCUUCUUGGGGCCUCUUGCUAAUAAUAAAAUACACACUCUGUACAAGUAUGUAUUGAGUAGUUAGAAAUCUGAUCUUCCCAGAUCUAAGCUGGGCAUAUCCUGUGUAUAUAUGUGGGAUACACCCAGUUUACAUCUGGGAAGAUCAUACACACAAGCACACACACAUGCACACACACACACACAUGCACACACACACACACACACACACACACACACAAGUACAGACAGUUCUCAUCUUUGCAAGUUGUUUCAAAUUAUUGCUUGUUAAUCUAGAACUUGUAAAGUAGAAGGCAUUUUCUCACAGACCCAAACAUCAAAAGAAGGUCAUCUCUGAUGUCUCAUUAAUCUUAUUUGGUUAAUGGAGUUAUCUUAGACAGAAUGGCAGCAAGUUUGAUGGUGCCAGCAACUGGAGUGUCAGGGUUGCCAAGCCUCACCAAUAUAUUUUGCUGUUUGGCUCAGCUGACAGGUCUAUUGAUCUGCUUGCAGAUAGAUUUUUGAACCAUUUCCCCCCGAGUUCCAUGCAGUUUAAAUACGUUCUUUUACUCUUUUGCUUGUUUCAGUCAUUUGACUGUGGACAUGCUGGAGCACCACCUUGAAGGAUUUUUGUCCAACAAAUCGAUCCCAGGAUUUAUUUUUAAGUUUAGUAUUUAUUCUAUUGGUCUCUUUAUCCAAACCGCUAAGUUACAGGGACAUAAAUACACCAACAUUGCACAUAUAUAUAUAUAUAUAUAUAUAUAUAUAUAUAUA